AUGUCACAAACUCCUAAGCCAGAGCUCAUUGUCAUCCCAAAUAGGCUCCAACCUUCAAUUAAAGGUCAAACUCUCAACCAAACUCCCGGAAUUUAUUUUUCUGAAAAACCAAAAAAAAUAUUAGGAUCUUACAAAAAAGCCGCGCUCCUCAUGAAAGUCCAAGGGACUGAGGUUCCUUCACACGACGACUAUUCAUAACGACUAUUUUUUUUUGGCCUAUUUUUUUUUGCCUAUUUUUUUUUGGCCUAUUUUUUUUUUGGCAUAUUUUUUUUGGCCUAUUUUUUUUUGGCCUAUUUUUUUUUGGCCUAUUUUUUUUUGGCCUAUUUUUUUUGGCCUAUUUUUUUUGGCCUAUUUUUUUUGCCUAGCCUCAUUCAUGAAGCUGCUGAGAGUACUAAAACCUUAUUGAGAAACAGAGGCCUUUCCUUACGCGAUUAAUAUUGAGUAAAUUAAGUGAAAAACUCCUAAUUAAAUCUAAAAUUCUCGAAAUUUUAAAAGCAAAUGAAUUAGUAUUCAUGGAGUAAGAAAUCUGUUGAGGUUGCAUUUUUUGUUGGUUAAAUCGUUUAAAACACAUUAAAAAUUAGAUUAAAACAAUUAGUAUGGAAUUAUGCCCAAAUAUUAGUAAAAAAUAGUUAAAAAAUUGUCAAAAAAAAGGCCAAAAAAAUAGGCCAAAAAAAAAAUAGGCCAAAAAAAAAAAUAGGCCAAAAAAAAAUAGGCCAAAAAAAAAUAGGUGAAAAAAAAAAUAGGCCAAAAAAAAUAGGCCAAAAAAAAAUAGGUGAAAAAAAAUAGGCCAAAAAAAAAAUAGGCCAAAACAAAAUAGGCCAAAAAAAAAUAGUCGUUAUGAAAUAGUCGUCGUGUGAAGAUACGAGGGACUGAGCUUCUGAAAGAGGAAUAUGAAAUAUUUUUUAAGUACUUGGAAAAUUUCAAAAAUAUCCAAUCAAAAUUCCUCGAAAGAAGGGAAGCUCAAAUACAAUCAAAAAUAAGCUCGUUGCAAAAUUUAAAUACAGAUAUCGAAUUAGAAAGUACAAAAAUUAAAGAAAUAGAAAUCGAGCUCGAGAAAACAAGAAACAAUAAACUUGCUAGGAUUUUUGAACUCAAAGGCAAAAUAGCACAAGAAAAAAACCAAUUAGAGUUUCUCCGUCCAAAAAGAGAAGCGCUUGAAAAGUUAUCAAUUGAAAAAAGUAUAGAUCUUCAAAAUAUUAGAGAAAUUAAGCAAGCUGCACAAGCAAAACUUCAAAAUUCAAUUGCAGAAAGAGAUAAAAUAAAAAGUUUAGUCUUAUCUCAGCAAGAGGAAAUUGAAAAUCUUGAAAUAAUAAAGCAGUCUUAUGCUGAAGAGAUUGAUAACUUACAAAGACAAAGGCUGCAAGAUUAUGCUGAAAUUAAGGUGCUACAUAAUAGGCUACAAGAGCUAAAAGGAAAUAUAAGGGUCUUCUGCAAAAUUCGGCCAUUGUUGGAAAAUGAAAUGGAAGAGCCAGCAAAUAUUGAAAUUGAUAGAAAACUCAUCACAAUUCAUAAACCAGAUAAAGCAAAUUCUUUUAGAUUCGAUAGAGUAUUUGGCCCACAAGUCACAAUUGAUGAGCUGUUUGGAGAAAUUUCCCAGCUCGUUCAAAGUGCUUUAGAUGGCUAUAAAGUAUGUAUUUUUGCAUAUGGACAGACUGGGUCAGGAAAAACUUAUACAAUGGAAGGUCCAAAAGAUUUUAUGGGGAUUUCACAAGGAAAAGGGAUUAUUCAGAAAUCAGUUGAGCAGCUAUUUCAGAGCAGUGAAAAAUUGAAAUUACUUGGGUGGAAUUUCAAUUUCCAAGUUUCAAUUAUAGAAAUUUAUAAUGAGCAGAUCUUAGAUUUACUGGAAAACUCAAAAAAGAUGACAGCAUUUAGCGUAUCAAUGAUAAAUCCAGUUUAUAUUGAUAUAUACAGCUAUGAAGAUUUAUACCCUCUUUUAACAAAAGCAAGAAAACAACGAUCAGAGGCCCAAACUUCAUGCAAUGCUCAUUCAUCAAGAUCUCAUUGUUUAUUUCAAUUAAAAAUUAAUGGGAGAAAAGGCAUUGAAGAAAUUAAUGGUACAUUAAAUUUAAUCGACUUGGCCGGAUCUGAAAAGUUAAAGAAUUCUAAUGCAGAAGGUGAUAGGCUAGAAGAAACAAAAAAUAUAAAUAGGUCUUUAAGCGCGCUAAGAGAUGUGAUUCAAGCCCUUGUUGAAAAACGUGGAUAUAUACCCUUCAGAAAUUCCAAACUCACGACCAUUUUACAGAAUUCAUUAGGAGGCGAUGGAAAAACCCUUAUGUUUGUAAAUAUUUCUCCUCUUGCAAUAAACUUGCAGGAGACGAUUUAUAAUUAAAAAUAUGGCGUCUCAACUUGGGUCUGGCCUUUCGGCCAGACAGUUUCGAGCCCUAUUUAAUUAUAUCCGGCAAGGUUUUGCCUAGCUAGAGAUGGACAGCAAUAUCAGGUAAGCAAUUCUGGCAGUGUACAGAGCCUGAUCCUAGUCCGUUCUCAGGUUAGGAUUUUACCUCGAGGGAAGAGGGAGCUUGGAGUUGGAAAGGGGAAGCCCAGCAGUGCCUACAGGUAAUCCCUAGGCCAAUCGGACAAAUCUCUAGCGAGAAACCGGGAGUUUCGCCCGGGCUACAAGUUUUCCUCUUUUGCUGGAAGUCGGCCAGAAAUUCCAUUUUUUGGAAUUUCCCAGCAGACAACCCCCCGUUACAGAGAAAGUAGCUCAUUCAUGAGCCGUCGAAGCCGGAACAUUGCGCAGGAGGCGCGCGUUGGAGAUCAAAGCUAGCUGUCCCAGCAACUAGUGGGCCCCGAGCGACGAGAGCGUGGUGGUAGUCCUGGAAGAGAACCCCGUAGGAGACGUUAAACGUCAUGGUUAAUAAGUUAAGUUAAGUUGCAGGAGACGAUUUACUCAUUACUGUUCGCACAAAAAGUCAAUAUUUGCUCACUUCCUCAUCAGGGUAUUAAUUAA